AUGGCCCAGCGGCGAGAAGAAGACUUCUCGCCUUACCAUCAUUCACGCACACUGAGCGACGACUUGGGCCCACCACUACCAAGCAUUGUAAUUGAGCCCAAUCCGUCCUUAGACGCAAUCCGUGGCAAUCCUGUUCUCGAGACUAUCUCCAGGCAGCACCAAUCGGCGGCGAGUGAGCAAACGAGCGUAGGCCGUCGCAACAGGGCCAAUGAGGAGGCACCCGGGCCAAUUUGCCCUGGCCCGGGGAGCUCUCAUGCCGACCUUGCAUUAGAAGCGUUACUCAGGCGUCAUUUUCAAAAACACCCACAACCUGAGGUGACGGAGGGCUAUCUUCCGGCCGGCUACCUGGAGAAUAUUGUAUGCUUUGAAACUGUCAGGCAAGAGCUCGAUAAUGAGUUCGAAGACGACAACCCAGAUGAUCUUAACCGUCUUGCACAUGAUAUUUGCCACCAAGACAAGAAUAGGCCAUCUUAUCGUAAGGUCUUUGCUCUUCUUUGCCUUAUAGACAAGGUCCGGUCGGUCAGACGGUUUCUCAAGCCUGUCACAGGUGUUUGCGACGAAGACUUGCCGCUGCAAAGGGUCAACUCUGACGAAAACGGCAAUAUUGAUCUUCGUAAGCGUAAUGCUCUCGACGUCCCACUCAUAUGUUUCCUGAAAUGGAAUCACAAUGCCCUGAAAUCGUUUGAUGACUGGCAAUGGACAUUGAGUGUCCCCAUUCUAUCGAGAGUUUCUGGGACCGAAGCCCAGUACCGGAAGUUUGAUGAUAGAGUCAUCCUACCGCUCAUGUCAGAGUGCAGUCCGCAUGAAAAUGGUGGGGUCGGCGGCUACAGCGAGGUGUUCAAGAUUCAAAUCCAUCCGCGACACCAUGAUUUUGAUCAAACAGACCCAGAGUGCUUCUUUGCGUUGAAAAAGCUUAAGUCGUCAGAUAUGAGCGCUUUCCAACGAGAACUCCAAAACCUUCGCAAGUUCGAGAGCGAUAAUUCUCACCCUCAUCUUAUAUCUCUCUUGACCACGUGGAGUCAAAAGGGCUUUUUCCACUUUUUAUUUCCGUGGGCAGAUUGUGAUUUGUUAAGAUACUGGGAAGAAGUGAAUUCGGAACCUACCAUGAGCCGACAUCUGGUUCAAUGGGUUGCGAGACAGACUGCCGGAAUGGCCGAUGGUCUGGCACGGAUCCACGAUUAUCCUGGCAGGGUCGAGGGCAACGCGGAAAACGCGGCUCGAUAUGGACGGCACGGCGAUAUCAAACCUGAAAAUGUCCUUUGGUUCAAGAGCCAUGCUGAGGACAUGGGAAAAUUGGUUAUUUCUGACUUUGGUCUCGGAGCCUUCCACACCAGAGCCAGCCGGUCUGGAAUACCAAACACAUCAGGGAUCGGUCGUACGCCCAGCUAUAGACCGCCUGAAUGCGAUAUCGAAGGAGCUCAUAUCUCUAGAUCAUGGGAUAUUUGGACAUUGGGAUGUGUUUUCGUUGAAUUCGCCACGUGGAUGCUAGGUGGCUCGUAUCUGCUUGAGAGAUUUACCGACUAUCGCCAAACCCCAACUUCCAUAUGGGGUCAAAAUGUUAUGUCAGAUCUCUUUUUUGACAUUGUCGAUCUUCGACAACAAGAAUUGGAUGGAGCUGGCAGCAUGGGCGCCCAAAUUAAGCCAAAGGUCACAAGGGUUCAAGAUUUUACUCUAGCAGACCGAGACUUAGAGCAAUGGACCCUACAGAACGCCGACCAGAGUCCAGAUGGUAUCGUCCUGCUAUCGACUUCAGCCAUAUUUUUCGGAACCACGCCUGAGAUUGAGACACAGAUCUUGGACAGGUUAGGAUUUGCCCAAGAUGCAAUUCACCAUCCUCUGCUUUUCCCAGGCAUAUUUGCCGAGUUAGAGCGCGAGAGGCAUCUAAAGGUUCUCGUUCAAGAGGCUCAGAAUGACUUGGAAAGUUUUAUUUCUACUGUGAGUACGCAAGACGGGGACGAGAAGGCGCCACUACCCACCGACAAUGCCGAACCACUUGAUCUAUGGUUCAAGGCCACAGAGAUUCGAAACGGUCUAGUCAACUGGAAGACUCAGUUGAAUGAUAUGCUCACGCAUGCGGAAGACCUUCUCCAACGCUACGAUAUGGAGUCAGAGGUCUCUAAUGGGAAACAUCACCAGAAUAUUCCCCAGGGAAACAAAGCAGCUCGGAUUGGCCAUAUGUUCAAGAACAGAUUGUGCUCCAUCGUGAACGAGUAUGAUGAGAACAUCCGCGAUUGCACGAUGAGAGUGGAUGGUGUGUCUAUGUCAACCCAAUUGUGGCACGCGCAAACCAACAUGCAUAUUGCCCUAGACGCCAAGCGAGAUGGGAAGCGUAUUCAAAACAUUUCAAUGUUUUCAAUGAUCUUUCUUCCAAGCAUGUUCGUUGCUACCAUCUUCUCUACGGACUUUUUCAAUUGGUUUCCGAGAGAUGACCAGGCGAUUAUUUCGCCAUACUUUUGGGUCCUGAUUGCAUUCUCUGCGUGCCUCAGUCUGUUCAUUCUCGGCGGUUACUAUGCUAUUUCCAGUCAGCGACUGGCACUUCUUACGAGACGGCUGAAAUGCUCCGAGUCAAUGUCACAAGUUUGA